GGCGUAUCUUCUCAAACUUCCUCAUAAAUUACAAUCCGGCUUAAUAAUGUUACCAAGAGCCCACAGAUUAGUCAAUCAAAGGCCAGGGAUCGCUCUUCGACCUCACGCAAGCCACGUUUCCUCAGCGGCAACUUCGGCAGUUAGACGUUCGGUGGCAAGUCAAGCCCAAGUAGCCCAACCCCCGAUCCAUCCUGAAAUUGAUGGCACAUUCAAUGAUCUGAUCGGGGAAGGGACUAUGAACAUGGGAAUGAAACCUAGAGGAAGCGACAGGACGUCAUUGCCAUACAGAAAUAUAAACGAGAUCGAAUUGGCGGAUCAUCAGCCUGUCCGACAUAGCGGAAGAAAGUGGUCAUCUCUAGGCUUGCGAAUAGAACAGAGUGAUCUCGUCAUCGAUGAGUCGCCAGAAGUUUAUAACUCUGCCUCGGAAGGGGAAUACCAUGAUUUUGGUCGAGAAGAAAGGAGGAGCCCAGCUGCUGUCUUGGGAAGCAAGCGUCUGGGAAUGGUAGUCUUGCCGGAGGAAAUGCAGCGAGGUAUUCAAAGGCAAAUCGACCUCAUGGACAAUCCCCGAGAUAUUCGAAAAUCAUAUCUGGCGCUUCCCAAUGUUCCUACACCCAUUAGCGCUACAAAAUCGGAGCGUAGAGAUAAACCGUUCCGCACACCGGAAGGCGAGCUUGCCAAAGCAUCCGCAAUCCUUCCCGGAGAGUAUGGUGCGGUCAAGAAUGUGCUGGAAGAAUUGGAGAGAAGGUUAGGUCGAGAAUGGUUGACAAGUGCAAAGGAAGGAGAGAUCUUGGAGUUCUCAUCUAGCCUGGGGUCUGGCCUUUGGGCUAUCAUGGAUGUCAUGGGUGGUCUGCUCUCUUCUCGCCGGAGAUGGCAGGAAGGACAGGACAAGUUAAAAUAUCAAUUUGUACACUCUUCUAGACAUGGUCUUGACCUCGUCCAAAGAAUAGCAGAGGUCAUCCCUGAGGAAUCUGCCGACGUUCAGUUCAACCGCAGACAUGUCCAUUCUUCGACCCCAUCACUAAUUCUUUCCACAUUCCAUUUAACCUCUUUCCCUACAUUACCAACCAGACAACUCUACCUGCGUCAACUUUUAGAGCUCUCAUCUCCUUAUAUCGUCCUCAUCGAAAGGUCAACACCCCAAGGCUGGGCCGCUAUCUCACAAGCCCGCUCAUACUUACUCGAGAAAUCAACUUCCGAAAACCCCCUUCACGUGGUAGCUCCCUGUCCUCACGAUGGGAAGUGCCCUUUGGUCGGAACCAAGGAUGUUUGUGGAUAUAGCCAGAGACUUCAAAGGCCUUCUUUCCUGAGAAAAACAAAACACUCAUCUAGGGGAGAGGAGGAAAAGGGUUACUGCUACCUAGUGAUCGCCAAGGGCGAGCGUCCCUCCGUUGGCACCGUAGCUGAGGAUAUGAAAGUUGCUGGAAGGAUGGGAAAGGUGGGACGGGAAGCAGCUGAAAAAGCGUUGAUCAAGUCUCAAGGCCGAUCGAUCAUUCAAGAAGUUGAAGGUCACGAAGCGGUAAUGGAAGUUGUGCGCCUGCAUGAGAUAGAGCCUGGUAUGGAGAACUAUUUUGAAGAGACGUCACCCUCUGUCAACUCGGAAGAAUUGGAAGAGAACUUAAGAAAGGAGGCGUAUAGCUGGCCGAGAAUGGUUGCUCCACCGAUGAAGAGGAAGGGACAUGUCACCAUGGAUACUUGUUGCGCUGAUGGUAACAUACAACGUCUUACCUAUACCAAGUCGCAUUCCAAGCAAAGCUACCAUGACGCUCGUAAAUCUUCUUGGGGUGAUCUCUUCCCCCACACUUCCAAAGGCAAGCCUGUUAUUCGAACCCGUGGUGUCAGACGACUUGCAAAGUCCGAAAACAAUGGGGAUGCGGACGCAGUUAUCAGCGAACUCUUAUCAGCAAGCUUGGAGGAAGAGAUGGAACUCGAGAAAGCUAUGGAGGCGGUGGAGGUUGACGAGCUGAAGGAAUUGGAAAUGUUGGGCAUUAAAACUCCCAGGGCUGAAGUCUCCAAGGAAAGGCAGGAUGACGAUAUGCUGGUGUGGAAGUCGAACAAGAAUGGACCUUUUGCUUCCGGGCAGAAAAGGAGCUACAGAACUUUAACAUCGACGAGGAGCACUUCACAACCUAAGACGCCACCUUCCAUUCAGACUCGAUCAAUGUCAGCUCGCCCGGCUCCUCCAAUUAGGCCCAAGGCGACCCUUUCAUCCUUGUUGUCACUCGCUAAAUCUGGCACCCCCAUCAGCGUUCUCACUGCUUACGAUUACCCCACUGCUCUCCUCUCCGAAUCCUGCAACCUCGAUAUGACUCUCGUUGGAGAUUCACUUUCUCAAGUCGCUCUCGGUCAUGAGACAACUACAGCUAUUACCCUUGAUGAGAUGAUCCACCAUGCACGAACGGUUGUACGGGGUGCGAAAACACCUUUUGUUUUUGCCGAUAUGCCCUUUGGUAGCUUCGAGACUUCCUUAGAAGAAGGCGUCAGGAGUGUCUUGAGGAUGGUUAAAGAAGGUGGUGUAGAUGGUGUCAAAAUCGAAGGUGGUCGCGAAAUUGUCCCUCUUGUUCGACGUCUUUCCGCUAUUGGUAUCCCUGUUAUGCCUCACCUCGGCCUGCAACCUCAACGAGCCACCAGUCUGUCAGGCUACCUCGUUCAGGGGCGAACCGCUCAAGCUGCUUAUGAGAUCCUGCAAAGUGCUCGAGAGCUCGCGAAUGCUGGGGCUUUCGCAUUCCUUCUCGAGGCAAUGCCCUCAAAGGUUGCGAAGCUCGUUACUGAGGAAGUUGGCAAGAAGGGUGUAUUCACAAUUGGUAUUGGUGCUGGAAAUGGGACCAACGGCCAGGUUCUGGUUAUCACCGACGUGCUUGGUAUCUACGCUGAGGAUCCUCCUGAGGAUAUAGCCACACCCAACGUUACAGGAGAAACCGAGCUUGUCUCUACGUCUCGUGAUUUCACCAAGCCUCUCGACGCGCCACGAUUCGUUCGUCAGUUUGGGUCGCUCGGGCAAGAGAUGCGCCGCGCUGUGCGUGCAUAUGUGCAAGCUGUUAAGGGAAGAAGCUUCCCCGACUCCAAAGAGAGCUAUGGGAUGAAGAAGGAGGAGUGGGAGACGUUUUUGGAGAUGGUCAAGCGCGAGAAGGACCAGCAUUAAUGAAUAGAAAUUAGAGCAUACCUUGUGUCAUUAUAUAUCUGUCUUGAAUCAUCAAUAAACAUAACAUCAAUCUGCAUUCGUAAUUUUGAAACCCUGUAUGCAUACAUAAAA